UGAGAGCAAAUGAAACAGGAGUAGCCUUCUGUACAAUAUCAUCUCCUGCUGUGUGGUUGCUACAUUUAAUCAGGCAUAUAUCUUCUUCCUGAGCUUGUCAUCCACAGAGCUACACAGAAAAAUAAACUGCAAAUAGAAGUGCUUUGUGCAGCUGAGUAAUGAUUUACACUUACAAACACUGGGACAAACAUUUAUAACUGAGAAAUCUGAAAAAAUGUCCAAAAAAGUCAAAUCCAGCAAGACCACCUUGAAAGGUUCAAAAACACCGGCGAAGAAACAAAAAGGUAAAAAGGAUGAAGUUGAUCUUUCUAUGGCCAGUAUAGGCCACCCAGAAAUCUUUCCUUUGCUUUUGACUGUAAAGACACAAGAAAUUUUUAAUUGCCGACCUGAUGAGGAUGUCACAGAAGAAAAUUAUUUCAAGUGUAUUAAAAAAGAGGAUAUAAUUCAAGACCUGAAAACAAGAGCUAAAUCUUCUGAUUUCCACCCUCUCAAAAAAGUUAUCCUAGAAUAUCCAGGGGAAGAACUCUUGGUAGUUUUUGAUCCAAACCUCCAGUAUGGAGAGAACUUUUAUAUUGUUGCUUCUGAAGAAGCCAAGGAAAACUUUCUACAGUCUUUAGCAUCUGCAGAAGAAAGAGAAGAAACAGAAGAAGAAAACAGAGAGGAAACUCUGGAAGUCCACAAACCUUGGGUUUCCCUUGGCAGUGAAAAGGAAGUUGAAGAAGAAUCUGUUAAAGAAAGGGAUACAAAGAUUAAGUACAAGAUCUCUCGAGUUCGCAGGAAGUUUGGUGCACCCAUUACAUUUACUGACAAGAAUGCUUCAGAUGAAAAAGACAGCUAUGCUGAAUGCACGGCCUAUGAAGAUGAUACUUUUAGUAUUAAAAUGCUUGAAAGAGAUGUGGGGGUGCAAAUGGUUCCAAAACUAAGAGAAACUAGUACUCAGACAAAAUGGACCUAUCCAAAAAAUGCAUCCACGCAGUAUUAUCCAAGGCAGUUGUCAAAUGAAGCAAUAGCAGAGAGUCUGUCAUCUGAGACACUGAAAAAAUUUCUUACAGCAGCAUAUUUAAGAGUGGAAAUUGCACUGCAGCAAAAUGAAAUUAUGAAUGUUUUUUUUGAUGACUGGAAGGCCCUAGCAGAAGACCAAGAAGAAGGCAAGCCAGAUGUUUAUCUUAAAGAAUGCCAAUCAUUUACAGAUGUGCAGUACCUCAAGAACAGAAGCAUUAGCUGCGUUCGCUGGCAUCCAACCAUUUAUGGGAUUAUAGCACUGUCAGCAAGAGAGCAGUCUUCAUACGAAGAACAAGUUAACCUUUCUAAUAAAUCAUUGCUACACCAGCCAGUUAUACUUUUCUGGAGUUUGUUUGACCCUCUCUGCCUCCAGUUGGUGUUGAAGGCUCCUGAGGACAUUUGCUGCUUUCAGUUCAGUCCAAGUGAUCCAAAUAUCAUUGCUGGUGGCUGUGUCGAUGGACAGGUUGUAUUGUGGGAUAUUUCUAAACAUGAAGAAAAGCUGGAAAGUACAAAGCCUGUUGCUGAUGAAAUCACUGACUUGUCCGAGGGUGAGCCAAGAGCAGCAGCAGUGGUGACUGAGCCAUCACCUAAGCAAGUCCAGCAGAGCAGCACAGAGCCACCUCUAGUGAGACACUGUGCAGCCUCUUCCACACCAUAUUGUCAUACAAAGCCAGCAACAGAUGUACAAUGGCUACCAUGUAACUUGGAGGAAAACCAAAAGGGUGGUACUUCUGAAAACAGAGAUGAAAAAAACCUGCAGCUUGUAACCUGCUCCCCUGAUUGCUCAAUAUUAUUUUGGGAUAUUCCAUCCAUUGAACGUCGUGAACAAUUUUUAUCUGAGAAAAUAAAGGAGGAGAAAAGAUCUCACAUGCCCCCUGAUAAUCCAGAUACUGAUGAGGAUCUCUCCUGGAAACCUCUCAUAAAGAUAAAUCUGCGUGAAAGGGAUAACAACACAGAGUAUGGUCCCACGAGAAUCAGUUUAAGGAAACUGCAGUAUCGUUACAAACCUCCAGGGAAGGCGAGAUCUCGGAGCGUGCUAAGGGCACCCAUCAAAGAGAGCCCAUAUACAGAGAUGAGUUCCUCUUCAAGCAAAAACCUGGAACUGCUAGAGCAUAUAUCCACAGACUUUUUUGUUGGGAAUGAAGAUGGAGAAGUUGUUUAUUCUGACUGGAAAAAGAAAAUUGAUACUAAUACAGCAAAACCAGUUAGUCAGAAGCAAUCCCAGAAAUAUGCUCUCCACACCGAAACUAUCAACACUCUUCAGAAAUCUCCAUUUUUUAAAGACAUCUUUCUAAGCAUUGGAGGCCAGAGGCUUGCCAUUUGGAAAGAAGGAGUUACAAAUGGACCAAUCCUUCAGUCAAGCUGCUCUGCAGGAAGAUACACUGCAGGACAAUGGUCCUUAACAAGACCAGGAGUUUUCUUCAUUGGCAGAGACAAUGGAAAUAUAGAUAUUUGGGACUUACUGAAGAAAACUCAUGAGCCAUCUCAUUUCCAAAACAUCUCCAAAUCAAUCAUCACUUUCAUCAGCCCCUCCAGUGCCUCAGCAGAGCAGCAUUUUCUGGCUGUUUCUGACAAUCUUGGAGUUCUGCAUAUUUUGGAAAUCUGUCAAACAUUAUGUCACCCUUCAAGUAAUGAGCAUGCCAACGUACUUGAUUACUUUGAAAGAGAAGUCAAAUAUCUGAAGUACUGUGAAGAGGAGUUUAAAGAGUAUCAAAAGUUUCAAGCCAAAACAGAAUUGAAAUUGAGCUGGAGACAGAGAGACAGAAAACAGUAUGUUAUACCUGGAAUUAAGAAAAUUUCCUAUGUUUCUUUUUAUCUUUAAAAUGCACCUGUAUUGCUAGACAAGAUUUUCCACAAAAAGUCAGGAUGGACAUAAUCAGAAUUGUUUAGCAGCUCUAUAUUUCAUAUCUAUGGUUCUCAAGAAUGGAAAAGUUGGUCCCAGUUCAUGUGGUGCAUUUCUUGGUCAAAUUAACCUCCUGCAAGAGCAUUAGAGCCUAUGGACAUUUAACAACUAUAAAUUUGCUUUUCAUUUUACACCUGUUGCUUGUUCAAAGAGUCACAAUUUGUCAACUUCCCUAGAAACAUUGCUCCUUCAAGAAAGGGUGGAUUCCAGCCUUCUAUUCUUUACAUACGAAUUUUGCCUAUCCAUUCUUUGGUAAAUGGUUUAAUAAUACUAAAUAACUAAACUGUCAUAAUAACUGCCAUUUCUUUGGUUGAUUGAUGUAGCCCAUGGUGAUGCCUAUUUUUAUUAAUUUGUGAUAGCACUGACACAAUCCACUGCAAAGCAAUGGGGUCACAUACAGGUCUCCAAGCUUAACAGUGCAUUAUUGCCUGGUAUGUUUUCUU